AUGCAAUAUUUUCAAGUUUUUGUUCUAUUUAUGACAUUAUGUAUUACGAAUUUAAAUGCAAUAAUGUUUCACCUCUCUCCAAAUCAGAAAAAAUGCUUAAGAGAUGAAAUUCAUAAAGAUGUUUUGGUAACUGGUGAAUAUGAACUGUCGGAUGCACCUGGUCAAAAGACACAUCUUACUGUAACAGAUUCAAAAGAACAUAUUCUAUACUCUAAAGAAGGAGCUUCGAAAGGAAAAUUUGCAUUUACAACAGAAGAAUAUGACAUGUUUGAAAUAUGUUUUGAAACCAAAAUGCCUGGAGGUGGACAUGGUGUUGAUAGAGAAAUUUCACUCAUAUUGAAACAUGGUGUUGAAGCUAAAAGUUAUGAAGAUAUUGCAAAAGCUGAUAAGUUGAAACCUUUAGAAGUAGAAUUAAGAAAAUUAGAAGAUAUGUCUCAGUCUAUAGUUGAUGAUUUUGCUUAUAUGAGAGCUCGAGAAGAAGAAAUGAGAGAUACUAAUGAAUCAACACAUACAAGAGUGAUGUAUUUUAGUAUAUUUUCAAUGUGUUGUUUGUUUGGUUUAGCUACUUGGCAAGUGUUAUAUUUACGAAGAUAUUUUAAAGCUAAAAAGUUAAUAGAAUAA